UGCUUUGCCCCAGAUUCCAGCCCCAGCUCCCCUCCAACCACUGUCGUCAGGGCUCACGUCCAUCCAGCACCAUCUGCCGGUCAUGUGUCCGUCCCAGCGAGCGGAGCCAGCGGUCCGGCUGCUGCUGCUCCUCCAGCUGGAGCGUCGGCUCCGUCAGAGCCAGCUGCUCCGGCCUCGCCCCCUCUGGAAACCCCUGUGAGUCCGCAAGACCCCCAGAGCUCAGCAGCUCGACUUCCCAAGGCCACCUCCCCUCCUGAGCCCGUCCCCGAGCCUCCGCGGCCCGCUCAGGUUGAAGUGACACCUCCUCCAUCAACACCUCCUCCUUCUCCUGCCUCUACAACCCCACCUCCUCAGAGGGAGGUGAACUCUCACCAGGAGCCGGAGGAAAACUCUGACUCAGACGUCCAGGACGUCUGUGGAGACGAUGCUGUGAUCCCUGAUCAGACGAGCGCAGCAAACCAGGUAUCGAUCGGCUCCGAGGACGCUCCUCCACCAUCGUGUCCUGCUGGGCCGCGUGAGACAGACGCUCCGUCCCCAGAUCGUCCCCACACAACAACGACCUCCACAGAGGUCAGACCAUCACAGAGUCCCUCUCCUGCUCACAUCAACUCAGAUGUGACCGAUGGAUCCUCUUUCCUCACCCUGACCCCAAAGAGGCCUCCAGUCCAGGACACCAGCCCUCCUGUGGACGUCGAACCUGCUGCUGUCCUGCAGCCUGAGGAGACGUCUGAACCUCCUGCUGCACAG